AUGAUUUUCGGGUGGAACAAGAUUAACGGGUUUACAUUUUCGGUGGCGAAAAAGACGAAAGUAUUAGUGACCCACAGCAAAAGACUCCGGGAAGUUGCUGAAGACGACAUUACUUUCAUGGAGGAAGACGCGUAUGGACUAUUGCAACCGCAUAAUGAUGCCCUGGUAAUCUCUGUAAAUGUUUUAGAUUUUAAGGUUAAACAUGUUCUGGUGGAUCCAGGUAGUUCAGCCAAUAUUAUCCAAUGGAGAGUGUUAGAGCAAGCUAAGCUCAUCGGAAGUAUCAUUCCAGACCCAAAACUCCUUGCCUUGUUCAAUCUGGAAACCGUGACAACCCGGGGAGAAAUCUUGCUGCCCACGAAUGCCAAAGGGGUGAUAAAGACAACCCUUUUCGAGGUAGUGGAUGGCGAUAUAGGUUACAAUAUCAUUCUGGAGAGACCAUGGUUACACAAAAUGAAAACGAUGCCAUCAACAUAUCAUCAGUUUCUGAAAUUUCCAACUUUCGAGGGACUCAAACAAAUAAAAGGUGAUCAACCGACAGCAAGGGAGAUUAAUGCAAUCUCAGUCUCUAGUAGCAAAAUGAAGGAGCAUGCGAUAUAG